CCCUGGCAUUGAAAGUGUGUUUUUUGUAAUGUAUGUGGCAUAGGUUCCUGUACCUUUAAGAGGGAAUGCUCUAAGGGAGGGGCUGCUAGUUAGGUGACCGGAAGUCACAAGCACGUUAUUCACAUAGAGAGCAUGCAGGAUCGACAGCUUGAUCAGCUCUUCCAUUAAGAUGCAGUUCCACAUCUUCUUGUUUGUUAAAGCAACGUCUUUUCACGAAAUUACCAUUAAACUACAUGAGUAAUCCUCAACACGCUGUGGAGUUUUUUGGGAAACGUUUAACUGAAUGGAUAGUUAGCUUGCUUGGCUAGCGAGCCCAUUACAGUGAAAAGACGGCAACACAGCUAACAAGAUAGCCGAAGACAGCCAUCUUACAGAGCUAAAUUGCUAACCGGCUAACGGAAAGACAUCCAUACAGCCUGUACGCCAUCAUAUCUGUUGCUGGUAUUAAAAACGCACCGUCAUUAUGUCAGCAGCUAACAGUAAAAACAAAGAAAAUGGAGAUAAUAAGUCUGUGAGCUCUCGCUCUUCCGGUACAUCGUCCAGCUCAAAGAUGUCUAUGGCUGUGGCCAUGGCCAAAGCAAAAGCUGAAGCAGCGCAAGCUAGAGCGGCACAUUCAAAAAGGGAAAUUGAAUUAAAGGUAGAGCAAGCACGGAUUAAUGCCAAUCUUGACGCAUUAAACGAAGAGAAAGAAAAAGAUGCUGCCAUAGCGGAGGCUGAGUCUCUGAUGGCUGGUAUGAGAGAACAGUGGUUCGAAGUGGUCAGUGAGGCUGCCAGUAAAGUAUCAAAAAAAAGCAAAGAAGAGCGUACUGCUGCUUACGUGGCAGAGCAAGCCAGUAUAACUGCAGUUGAUUCGCCAGCCAAUAUAAAUGGUGACAAUCCCACAUUACCAAACCCACAAAGCAUCAGCCAAGCCCAAGACACCACUCCUUAUGAGACUACGUCAUUCUACGCAUCUCAAGUGUCGCAUUAUAGAGAGACUACACCUGACUACACACCGCAAGUCCCUCAUCAUAUUAAAGCGUCGCCACAUUAUAGCCUAAAUAAGCAUUUGCCAUCCCCUGUACAUCAGCCUGUCCAUGGAGCGCCCUGUAGAGUUGGAUGCGACCACUCUCAAACCACCAAUGACCUCGCUAAAUAUCUGGCCCGCAGCCACCUCGUGACAUCAGGACUCACUGUAUACGAUGAACAACCAAUGAACUACUGGUCAUGGAAAAUGUCGUUCCAUAGUGCUAUUGACAACCUGGACUUGUCUGCUGGAGAACAGCUCGACCUUCUCACCAAGUAUCUCGGAAAAGAGUCAGCAGAACAGGUUAAACGGAUUAAAUCGGUCAAUAUCAGACACCCGCCUACUGGAUUGACUAUGGCAUGGGAGCGGCUCGACGAGCUAUACGGCUCACCGGAGGCCGUCGAACAGGCCCUCUUUGGUAAACUGGAAAGCUUCCCCAGAAUCACAACAAAGGAUCCACAGAGACUUCGAGAUUUAGCAGAUCUGUUGUCAGAGCUGGAAGCAGCUAAACAAGAUGGCUACUUCACCGGUCUUUCAUACUUGGACACUUCAAGAGGAGUCAAUCCUAUAAUUGAGAAACUCCCACACAACAUUCAGGAAAGGUGGAUCUACUUCGGAUCACGAUACAAACGUGACCAUUCGGUCAGUUUCCCUCCUUUCUCUGUGUUUGUCGACUUCAUUCGCAAUGAAGCAAAAGCACGUACAGACCCAAGCUUCAACCUCUUCACACAAGUUCCAGCAGAGAAAAAGAACAAGUGGGAGAGGCCUAUGAAGGCGCCUGUAUACGUUCACAAGACCCAAGUCUCUUCAGUGGACAAGCCUGAGUCAAGAGUAGGUAACAAACCAGUGGACCCAAGCAAACACUGCCCCCUACAUGGAAAGCCUCACCCCCUGAUGAAAUGCAGAGGCUUUCGAGAAAAGAGUUUAGAGGAACGCAAACAGUUACUCAAAGAACACUACAUCUGCUUUCGCUGUUGCUCCUCCACAGAGCAUCUCGCCAGGAACUGCUCCGCCGAUGUCAAAUGUAUGGAAUGUGAGAGCACCAACCACACGACAGCACUACACCCUGGACCAGCAACCUGGAAGUCCAAUUCGUCCCCUCCCGCUUCAGAGCAUAGUGGGGAGGAGGACAAAGCGGAGGCCCAGGAGGUCACUUCGAGGUGCACUCAAGUGUGUGGCGAAGGAUUAAGUGCGAGAGCCUGUGCUAAGAUCUGCCUCGUCAGUGUGUACCCCACUGGACACAGACAGGAGUCCAAGAGGAUGUACGCAAUACUCGAUGAUCAAAGUAACCGCUCCCUUGCACGUUCAGAGUUCUUUGAUGUCUUUAAGAUCUCUGGGUGCUCCUACGAAUACACUCUCAAGACAUGUGCAGGACUUAAAGAGACAGCGGGGAGAAGAGCCAUCGGUUACACUAUCGAGUCACUGGACAAGAAACUUAGCUUUCCUCUACCUACGCUUCUCGAAUGCAACGAAGUCCCUGACAAUCGAGCUGAGAUACCUACCCCGGACGCCGCACGCCACCAUACUCACCUGAAACGUAUUGCAGAUGAAAUACCACCUCUCGAUCCUGAUGCUAACGUACUCCUCCUUCUGGGAAGAGACAUUCUGAGGUUACACAAGGUCAGAGAUCAGAUUAAUGGUCCAGGCAAUGCACCCUUUGCCCAAAGACUGGACCUAGGGUGGGUCGUCAUCGGUGACGUUUGCCUUGGAGGUGCACACAGAUCACCACAGAUGAACAGCUAUAAAACAUCCAUCCUAGAGAACGGUCGUGCUACCCAUCUACAGCCAUGCAACAACCAAAUCAAAGUGAAAGAGGUUUUCAGUCAAGCACCUACAUAUCAAAACCAUCCAGUACCUACCUUCGCAUAUAGCUUAGGAAAGGUAGCAGAAGACAGCUUAGGCCAAGCCAUCUUCACUCGUACUGCCGAUGAUCACAGACUUGCACCUUCCAUGGAGGAUCUAGAGUUCCUUCACAUCAUGGAUGCUGAGUUCCACCAAGACAGCUCCAAAAGCUGGGUCGGACCUCUGCCUUUCCGAUCCCCAAGACAACGGCUGCCCAACAACAGGAGACAAGUGCAUGACCGCCUCCUCUCGCUCCGCCGCACUCUGGAAAAACGACUGCAGAUGAAGGCCCACUUUCUAGAGUUCAUGCAGAACAUGCUUAGCAGAGGACAUGCAGAGAUCGCUCCACCCCUGCAAGUAGGAAAAGAAUGCUGGUACUUACCCCUGUUCGGCGUGUACCAUCCCAAAAAGCCGGACAAGAUCCGAGUGGUCUUCGACAGCAGCGCAUCACAUGAAGGAGUCUCACUCAACGAUGUCCUGCUCACCGGCCCAGACCUGAACAACAGCCUGCUAGGCGUACUUAUGAGGUUCAGGAAGGAGCAAGUAGCCAUUACGGCUGACAUCGAACACAUGUUCCACUGCUUCGUGGUGAAGGAAGACCACAGGGACUAUCUCCGCUUCCUAUGGUACAGGGACAAUGAUCCUACCUGCAAUGUCGUGGACUACCGGAUGCGAGUGCACCUUUUUGGGAACAGUCCUUCUCCUGCUGUGGCCGUGUACGGUCUGAGAAGAGCGGCCAAAGAAGCAGAGGCAGAGUAUGGCAGUGACGCAAGAAGACUCAUUGAACGUGAGUUCUAUGUUGACGAUGCUUUGAAGUCGUUCGCUACUGAGGAAGAGGCCAUCAGCGUUCUUGGAAGAACACAGAAGAUGCUUUCAGCCUCUAACCUCAGGUUGCACAAGAUUGCAUCAAAUCGACCAGCAGUCAUUCACGCAUUCCCACCUCAAGAUCGCUCCAAAGACGUCAACAACUUGGAUCUCUUUGUCGAUGACCUGCCAGUCCAACGUAGUCUUGGAUUGUCUUGGAACAUGCGAGCAGACACCUUCACAUUCCAGAUUGAAAACGACAAAAAGCCAUUCACUCGCAGAGGGGUGCUGUCAACCGUAAACAGUCUAUAUGACCCUCUAGGGUUUGUUGCACCGGUCUCUGUUCACGGAAGGCUGAUACUCAGAGAGCUCACCACGCAGGCAGAGGAUUGGGACUCACCACUCCCAAAAAACAUGGAGAUCGAGUGGACAAGAUGGAAAGAGUCGCUUCAGGACUUACAGGACCUCCAGAUACCUCGUCCUUACACGUCCCUCUCUACCGCAGGUGCACAAGUAAGAGAACUCUGUGUUUUUGCAGAUGCAUCGGUGAAAGCUGUCGCAGCUGUGGCCUACAUUAAGGUGACGAACCACGAAAACCAACCCGAGGUUGGCUUUGUCUUCGGGAAGGCAAAGCUGGCGCCUCAGCCUGACCUCACUAUCCCAAGACUAGAGUUGUGCGCUGCUGUACUUGCUGUGGAGAUAGCCGAGCUGAUAGUUGAAGAGAUGGAUGUCACAUUCAACAACAUCACAUACUACACAGAUAGCAAGGUUGUCUUGGGAUACAUCCACAACCAGUCGAGGAGAUUCUAUGUGUUCGUGCAUAACAGGGUUCAACGUAUUCGUCAAUCACCCUGUCUCGGCCAGUGGAAGUACGUCCGUACAGACCUUAAUCCAGCCGACGUUGGAACAAGAACAGCUACUCCAGCCCUCCUACGCAGCACAACAUGGCUCACCGGGCCAGACUUUCUUAAGAGUGAAUCCUUGUCCACGCCUGAAACUGAAGAGAGCUACGACCUCAUCGAUCCUUCCUCUGACUCUGAAGUACGUCCUCAGGUGACCACAAGUAUCACACAUGCAGCCAUAGGUAUGGUUCAUCCUCAACGCUUUGAACGCUUCUCUAAGUUCAGCACUCUCGUCACAGCAGUUGCACACCUGAUCCAUGUAGCACACUCCUUCAUCCGCCCUGUGCAAGGCGAGUGCCAAGGGUGGCACAUCUGUCGUCCUACAGAGGAAGAGCUGGCGAGAGCUAAAGUGUGCAUCAUGAGGAGUGUUCAGAACCAUUGUUAUGCAGAAGAGCUGAAGUGCAUAGCCAAAGGGUUCCCCAUUCCAUCCUCCAGCAGCCUCUGGAAGUUGCAUCCUCUCCAAGACCUUUCCAGGAGAAGAUGGACUGGUUCGGAAAGUUGA